AUGGCCGUGCCACCCGGCCAGGGCAGGAAGCCAAGGGCUAGCCUGCCGCGCCAUUAUUACGAGGGGUACUUGGAGAAGAAGGCGCCGCGGGAAAAAUCGUCCGAUUAUCGAUUGGCCUUCUUGGUGGUGGCCCCCCAGACGGGGCACUCCGGCAAGCCUGGAAUUGACCCCGGUGAGCCAGGUGAGAGCCUGUCUGGCGGGAUGGAAUACAAGAAAUUCUGGGCUGGCCUUCGAGGACUCAUUCUUUAUUUCUACAACACCAACAGAGAUAUCCAGUAUGCCGACCUACUUGAUCUGUCUGACUACGUGUCUCUCGCGGAAGACAAUCCCCCGAGGACGGUGGCGGCCUGGUCCGCGGAGGGGGCCAAACUGACCCUGAAGAUGAGAACCCGAGAAGUGCAAUUAAAGAUGGAGAGCGUGGAGUCUCGGGAGAUGUGGAAAGGAUUCAUUCUCACAAUGGUGGAGAUGAAAGUCCCCUCCAGCCUGUCUUUGCUCCCCGGCCACAUCUACAUGCUCUUGGAAGCUCUCGAGAAGGAGAGGGAGCAGAGAUUCAAGUUGGAUCUGCCUGACUCACGGGAAGGUUUCCCCAGCCCCAAGGUUACUGAGCACUUCGUUCCCCCUGGAAGAGAGGCGCCAGAGGCAAAACAUCCAGACUGUUUCUUCAGCGUCUCCAGGACAGAAGCCGAGGCGCUUCUGGAGAAGAACGAGAGCUGUGGGAACAUGUUGCUGCGGCCAGGCAGGGACGGCAAGAGCGUCUCCGUGACCACACGCCAGGUGGUGAAUGGAACCGGUGUGCUAAGGCACUAUAAAAUCAACCAAGUUGACAAGCAAUACAUCGUUGACCUCGAAGAUCCGUAUUGCUGUUCCUCUCUGGCAGGCGUGGUGGAAUUCUUUGUUAAAACCAGCAAACAAACCCUGAUCCCCCUGCAACUCGAUGACAGCUAUGCCGAAACCUUGGAGUUUGUGGUGACGGAUAAUGAAAACGGGGAGAGCGUGCGGACCGUCCCAAAGCCCCCCCGGCUGCCUGAUAUCCUGCCGCUACCCCAAAGAGACGGUGUCACGGAGCGGCAGAAGCCCUCACUGCCUCCCCGAAGCCGACCACCAACGGCCCCUCCACCUCUUCCGUCAGUCCCACCCCCUCAGAGCCCUCCAGCCGGCGUGCCUGAGAAUGAGUACAUGGUGGAAGAUGAGCCAGAACAGGCAUAUAUGAACCCUGAAGAUGAGGUUGAGACAAGGCAAACCAACAUGGCCAGAGUCAUCGAUUCGGUUCUGACUCCCAGUGAUCCGACCGGCAGCCCCGGCACACAGAGGACCCCGGUCACCUUGUCGUCCCGCCUGGCCGUUUCGUUGCCGAGAGGUUUCUCUAUCGAUAUGUCCAAGGAGCUGGAAAAAAAGCUGCAGGAACGGAGAGCGACCCUAGACCUCAGUGAGGCGAACAUCUCAUACUAA